AUGCUUUUAUUUCCACUCAAAAGAGCGAUCCACCAAUUAUUCUUCGUGAGCAGAAAUAUCAGCACUAUAAGAUUUUCAUCCAGAUUUUAUUCCACAAACUCCUCUCCUAUAGAAAGAUCGUGAAGUAUCGAGCAGCCACGUCUCACUCUUCCUGAUUUCAUAAAUUAUUGUGACAAAAGAAUCUUGAGCAAAGCUGAUUUCAGCAAAACCCUUAAAAAUCUCGACAAGGAAAUAUUCAAAAAUAUCUGUGAAGAAGAAGCAUUUUUUAUAAGCAGAGCAAUUGUGCGUCUAUUUAGUAAAGAUAUACCAAUUGAUGCAAUCAAAAACUUUGAAGAAGCAGUUGUUGGAACUUUAAAGAAUUAUAACUCUGAUAGCCAAGAAAUUAAUGGAUGUCUUAAUGAUAUCAUGAAGAUGCAUAAGUUUGCUUUUAUUCCAGCUAAUCACGACUUUGAAAAUGAGUAUUUGGAGUAUUUAAACAAAUCUUUCAAGCCUACAAAAGCUAUUUAUAUGAUAUAUGCAAUCACAAAUCUUGUGCAAAAACCUCAGGACAUUAAUAAAUACAAAACAGUUUAUCAAUCGUUAGCAAAGCUGAUCUCAAUCGUUGAUUUAACGACUCUGCAAGACAAAUAUUUAUCAACAUUGCUCAGCUCAUUCGCUCUUGCCUAUUCCUACUUAAAUAAAGCUGCUUCUUUUGAAAUGAAAUCAGGAGAGGAUCUAUUUGAUGAAAUUGAAAAAAUAGUUUUACUUCGAAUUGAAGCUGGAGGGCUAAACUUUGAAUUCAUAAAUGAGUACACAUCGGCAUUAAAUUCAAUAGAUAAAGCAAGUAAAAAUUUAAUCAUGAGUUGGUCGAAAAGUCUUACUGCAAGCAUUGACAAUCUGGAAGAUCAAGAUUUUAUGAAAUCAUUUUUUACUGCUAUAAAUGUUAAUUUUGAAGAUGAUUUUCAAAAAAAUUCAAUUCAAAAAUUAUUAUUUGAAAAUCUGCUGAAAAGGCUUAAUAGAUUAAAAUUGAAAGACUUUAGAAAUGCUUUUAGAUUUUUGGGAUCGGAGGUAUUCUAUGUUGAUGAGAGGUUAAAUGAAGCUUUUAAAGAUUAUAUAAAAGGCGAAGCUUUUUUAAGUUUAAAAAUAAAUGAAAAGGUUGAAAAAGCAAUUAUUCUUAUGACUUCUUUAUGGAAUCUUUUAGAAAAUUAUGAUACAGAACUCUUAGAAACCCUUAAAAAAAUCUGCUGUGAAAGCUAUUCAGAAUUACAAAUUAUGAACAAAUUAAAACUCGCAGCUUUUUUUUCUACUUCUAAAGAUCUCACUGAAGGUUUUUGGAAAAAAUUCAUUGAUGAAGUGCAUCUAGCUUUUAAUAACGAUUUUACUUACAAUUAUCUUUAUGCGAUUAACUUGAAUCUUCUCGGCACUCCUUAUUACGAAGAAUAUCACCAAAAAAUCCAAAGUAUUUAUGAAGUACUUGAACAGUCAUGGAAAGCUAUAAGAGAAAACGGAAAAUCAUUUACCAAUUGAACUCAUACUCAUGAUAUAGUAAACAAUUAUUUGCUAUCAAAAAACAUAGAUUUUCAAAAAAACUAUUUUCAUUAUUUUUAUUUUGAUUUUGCAAUACCUCAAACAAAGAAAUUAAUAAAAAUUAAUCAAGUCCAUGAUUACACAUUUCCUGCAAAAUUCCUGAAGCGAUACAAUGAUCUUAGUAUUUCUUUCCAAGCUAAAACAGAAUGGAAAAUCAUUUACAUUUCGUCAAUCAAUACAACUGACCAAGAAGUAUCAGAAAAGUUACAAAGUAUUUUAGAUUCUUAA